AUGGCCUCCUCUGACUCUCUACCUCUUCCUUCCUCUUCUUCCUCCUCUUCUUCUCUCUCUACUUUUUCGGCUUCUGCCAUUCCCUCCCACCACAUCGCCACUCUCAUCCCUGUCAAACUCAACAGAGAUAACUAUCUUCUCUGGAAAUCCCUCUUCACUCCCAUUCUGCAGAAUGCUGACCUCUAUGGCCUUCUUGAUGGUUCUGACCAAUGCCCACCCCAAUUUCUUCCUACCCUUGAAUCUAAUCCCGCUUAUCCUACAUGGGUUGCCAGAGAUCGUACCUGCAAAAUUUGGCUCCAUGCUGCCAUCUCUGAGUCUGUUCUCCCUUAUACAGUCGGUUGCUCCUCCGCCCAAUCUCUCUGGGACAACCUCGAGAAACGCUUCUCUGCCAUCACUCGCUCCCAUAUCCUUCAGCUUAAGGGUCAGCUCCAAACCCUGAAAAAGGGAUCUGACCCGAUGAUGCUCUAUCUUGAAAAAAUCAAGGCUCUUGCCGACGGUCUAGCCGCCGCCGGGGCUCCCCUUGCCGAUCUUGACCUUAUUGCUCACAUUCUUCGUGGCCUCCCACCUGAGUAUGACUCUUUUGGUACUUCGAUCAGAGUCCGCUCUGACCCCAUCGACCCUGAUGCUCUUCAUGGUCUCCUGAUUAGUGAAGAGAUUGAAAUUUUACAACGUGACACCCUAAAUCCCAUUUCUAACUCAUCUGCCCCUUUUCAGGCCUUUCAUACCUCUGUUCAUUUCAGGCCCACCUCUUCCCGCCCUUCUCCCGGCCCAAAUCCUCCCAAAUACACGUCCAACCCACCUCUCCUACCCACCCCAUCUACUCCACCUUACCUCUCUCAGCCCAAUACCUUUUCCCACCCAUCCCACAAUCGCUUCCGUCAAACCCCUAAAAUCAGAUGUCAAAUUUGCAACAAACCCAACCACACCGCCAUCGAAUGUCGCCAUCGCUCCAACUUCGCCUAUCAAGGUCGCUCCCCUCCUGCUCGCUUCACUGCCAUGACUGCUACCCACUCUCCUCCCCCCUCCAGCUCCCUCUGGUAUGCAGAUACUGGUGCAACCAACCAUGUCACUCCUGACCUUCACAAUCUCUCUCACCAGCUCCCCUAUCAAGGCAAUGACAAAGUCCUCGUUGGCAGUGGUGAAGGCUUACCGAUUGCCAAUACUGGAUCUAGCCUCGGGACGCCUUCUCUAUCGUGGCCCCACUGA